CCAAUGAGUGCUCUUGGCGCCUUUGUGGAGCUCGUGAGCUGUAGCGGUGGAAAACAAGAACAUUCGUAUUUCAAAAAAAAACUGUCUUUUUAGAGCGUAGGAGAAGAGUUUAUUUUGAAGAAAAGAUUUAAACAUUUCAGCUAAGAGAAUGCCAGCCAAAACUUUCUCGGAUGGUGAAAUGGUCAUGGGUCGUUGGCCGGGUAGUAACCUGUACUAUGAGGUUCAAGUGACUGGUUACAACAAGAGCACCCAGCUGUAUGCAGUCAAGUAUAAGGAUGGUACUGAGCUGGACCUGAAAGAAAGUGAUGUCAAGCCCUUAAAUUAUUUUAGAAUGAGAAAAGCCCAUUCAAGAUCAUCUUCUCGACAGCGUAGUCGAUCACGAUCACGAUCACGAUCACGUUCUCCGGCUAGAACACAAGCUCCCAAGCAUUCAACCUCUCGUGGCAGGGAGACUAAGAAACCCAUGCAGAAGGAAGAAGUGCAAAAGGAAGAUGUGCCUGCACUGAAAUUUGUCCAUCAGAUGCUUCAGGAGAACAGCACAAGCAGCAAAACUACCUCUGUGACAAACUACAAAGAGGCGGAGGAGGAGAACAAUGCCAAGAAUACCUACAGAAUUGUUGAGCACAAGAUACGGAAGGAAAUUGUAACAGACCAGUUGGAUCUCCCUUACAAUCUCCGAACCAAGAAGCAAGAAGAAAAAGUUGUAGAAUUGGAAACAAAAGAUGACCAUCUGUACAUUAAAAAACAAGCAGUGCGGACACAAGAGCGGGAGUUUGGAGGUAGAAUUGGUGUCUUCUUCAUCAUGUUCUUAUUGCCCUUCACGGUCAUUCUCUUGCUUUUGAUGUGUGCGGAAGAUGAUGCCAGUAUUCGGAGUUUUCCACCCCCCAUGUCAGCCCUGCAGAUGUUAUGGAGUAGUAAUGCACUGGGCAUCUUUGUCCUGUGGUUUUUAUUCCAGGCUCUGCUCUACCUACUGCCCAUUGGAAAGGUUGUUGAAGGAGUACCGCUAGCAAAUGGAAAGAAGCUUAAAUACAGGAUUAAUGCAUUCUAUGCAUUUGUGCUGUGUGCUGCUGCAUUAGGUGCUGCCCUGUACAAUGAGGUAAACCUGAGUUACAUUUACAGCAACGAGUUGCAGCUUGCAAUCUCUGCAAUGGUGUUUUCUGUUUUAUUGAGCAUCUACCUGUAUGUGCGCUCCUGGCGUGUUCCUGCAGAUGAGCUGGCAGAAGGAGGAAAUUCUGGUAGUUUUAUUUAUGACUUCUUCAUUGGACGUGAACUGAAUCCUCGUAUCAGAAACUUUGACCUGAAGUUCUUCUGUGAACUGCGUCCGGGUUUGAUGGGCUGGGUGAGUUUGAAGCCUCUACUGACUAAACCACAGGAUUAUAUUUUUGAAUUCUAAGUUAUAUUAGCAGGUCUUUUGGUUCUUUCUUCCACCCUAAGUUUCCUUACAGUUCUACACAUCAUCCCAUUCUAUAGUCCUGUUUCCCUCAACAUUCCCAAAGCUAAAAGUAAAUGUGUGUCCAGUCACCAG